GUUCAAGGUUCGUUUAAGCCUGGGGACUGGAAGAAUCUCCGAUUUGCAUUGAUUUUGAAGAUUUAAACUGGAUUUUUUCCUGGGUUAGGUGGGGGCUAUAUCAAAAUUAGCUGGUUUAUUAUCACGAACAAUUGUCUUUGGUAUUCACAUACCCUAUACCGUAGUUCGUCUUCGUGAAGCUGGAAGUAAACUUUGCUCAUAGGCGUAAUUGUUUGCGACACCCACAGAUCCGGAUGUCCAUAUUACGGAGCUUCGUUUGUACAUUUAUGUGUUUCCACGUCUAUGGCAUAUUAGCGUUGGACUUCAACGUAACGUUUCUACACACGAACGAUGUGCAUUCAAGAUUCGAGCAGACGAGUGACGCAUUUGGCGGGAAGUGUACCGAUGAAAUGGCAUUAGUCGGUAGAUGUGUCGGCGGCAUUGCCCGGCGAGCGGCUGUGGUGAAAAAGAUUCGAGAGAGAACAGAUAAUGUGAUGUUACUAGAUGCGGGAGACCAGUUUCAGGGAACCAUGUGGUACUAUGUGUAUAAAGGACUGGCUACAUCACAUUUUAUGAACACACUAAAGUACGAUGCCAUGAGCUUAGGAAACCAUGAAUUCGAUGACGGAAUUGCCAACCUGUUAUCCUUUUUGGAUAAUGUUACAUUCCCUAUCCUCAGUUGUAAUAUAAAUGCGGAUGGCGAAGACGCUUUUCAAGGGAAGGUUGGCAAAAGUGCUAUAAUUAUGUUGGAUGGUACUAGGGUCGGGGUUGUUGGUUACACGCUGUCGUCCACCCCGGACUUCAGCAACACGGGAAGACUAACGUUUGAAGACGAAGUUGAGGCAGUUCAGAAAGAAGUGAAUAUUUUGCUUGCUAGUGACGUCAACAUCAUAGUAGCAUUGGGACACUCGGGUAUUGAGGUCGAUCUAGAUAUAGCUAACCGAGUCGAGGGCGUCGAUAUUGUCAUCGGAGGGCACACGAAUACGUUUUUAUACACAGGUUCGCCACCAUCUUCAGAAACACCUUAUGAUGUUUACCCAAUCGUCGUGCACCCUAACUAUGAUACCAGGAGAACAGUUCUAGUCGUCUCCGCAUAUGCCUACGGCAAAUAUCUCGGUCGGUUGGAUGUAACAUUUACGGAAGAAGGCAACGUGAAAACAUUCAGUGGAAAUCCAAUUUUACUAGACCAUUCUGUGGCAACAGAUCCCAUAAUUGCAUCACAAGUCGAGGAUUGGGGUGUAAAAGUUGACGAGGUUGGUGCUGAAGUAAUUGGACAAACGUUUGUAACUCUUGGAGAUGAGGCAUGUGGCCUAAGAGAGUGUAACUAUGGUAAUUUGAUAACAGAUGCGAUGGUGGCAGCAUUUUUGCAAAUGCCUAAUGAACUACAAUGGAGUAACGCUAGUAUUGCUAUCACCACAGCGGGGAGUAUUCAGAGCCCAAUUAAACCUGGAGAAAUCACAGUUGGAAAUGUACGGCAGACAUUUCCCUAUGGUAAUACAAUCGACACCAUAGAAAUGACUGGAGAACACCUUCUUCAGGCUCUUGAACAUUCUAUCUCAGGCCAUGAUGGCCAGACAAGAAGUAACGACUUUUUACAAGUGGCAGGGCUGCGUGUUCUUUAUGACGUCACUAGACCUGCUGGUGAUCGCGUCACGGAUGUUCAAGUACGUUGUUCUAGGUGCACAGAGCCAAGUUACGAUAAGCUUAAGGAAACUACCGUGUACAGAAUUGUUACAAACAGCUAUAUAGCUGGGGGUGGUAGUGGAUACAGUAUGGUGAGAGACAACAAGUUGAGUCAGACAAAAGGCCCUCUGGAUAUGGAUAUUAUGAUCAAUUAUAUUCGUGCCAAAUCACCAUUGACCACUGCACUGGAGUCUAGGAUAACUAUUCUUUCCGACAGUGACUGCCCUCCAUGCAAUAGUGCUGUGACGUCAUUCAAUUUCCUAAUGACCAGGGUCGUUUUAUUAGGCCUAUGGCUUUGUAUAUUAGACAAGAGUUUAAUACAGUAGUAUUAAUUAUUUAACGCAAUAAUGGCCUAAGUAAAUUUUGAUAUGAAUAUGUAUAUAAUUAUUAUGUGCAUUUUAUAUAUAUAUAUAUGCAUAUAUACUGUAUUACUGGAUGCAUGCAUACAAUAUCAUUAUCCAUUUCACUAGCUAGAUGCUUGUUUGCUAUUGCUUGUACAUUGGGUGAAAGAUGGAAUGUCUAGGGAACGGUUAACACACCAGUACCAGUCGCAGUUGACAGAUAAACUGUGGCCUACAUAGUACAAUAUAAAAUAAAGAUUGCAGAGUAAAAAUAAAAAUAUCUAUAACGGAAUAAUUUUACACAAGUUAAA